CAAAGUUUCUGAACAUUCCUUUUCUGCCUCACGCACGCACAGAAGCACAAAGAAAUGGGGAUAAUGAGUGAACACAAGAGAAGGUAUGCAUUGCUGCUAGCAGCAAGAGACUCAGAGUAUGUGAAGAAGGUGUAUGGAGGGUAUUUUAAUGUAUUUGUCGCAGCUUUUGGUGAAGAAGAAGUAGAAGGGAGGUGGGAUUCGUAUAGGGUAGUUGAUGGGGAAUUCCCUGACAUUAAUGAGCUUCAAGACUAUGAUGGGUUUGUAGUGAGUGGAAGUCCUUAUGAUGCUUAUGGUGAUGACAAUUGGAUUCUUGAGCUUUGCGUUCUUUUGCGAACCCUAGAUUCCAUGCAAAAGAAAGUCCUUGGCAUUUGCUUUGGCCAUCAGGUUCUGUGUAGAGCAUUAGGGGGAAGAGUAGGGAAAUCACAAAGUGGGUGGGACGUAGGGCUUAGGAAAGUGGAGAUUAUACAAAAUUUCUCCCCUUGCAGCUUUCUUAAAAGCUUGACUGAGAUUCCCCCAGCCCUCUCCAUCAUCGAGUGUCACCAAGAUGAGGUGUUGGAGGUGCCAAUGGGAGCAGAAGUCAUAGCAUUCUCAGACAAAACAGGAGUCGAGAUGUUCACAAUCGGAGACCACAUUCUUGGUAUUCAAGGCCAUCCGGAGUACUCCAAAGACAUUCUAAAAAACCUCAUAGAUCGCCUUCUCAAUCAAGAUGCCAUUGAGAUUGGACUUGCAGAAGAUGUAAGGUCAAAGUUGGAAAUCGCGGAGCCAGAUAGAAAGUGUUGGCAAGAAAUAUGCAAAGCAUUUCUUAAGGGUUCCGAGAAUCAAUGUCCCAAGUACGUAUUAAGCACCGAAGAUGUUAUGUUUUCUUGAUGUUCAAAAGUUCAAGAAAAAUUGUACAUAUUAUUUCAACUCUCCCCCGUUUUAUUGUGUUUUCGUAUUACAAAGAGUGCCC